UAAUCUUUUGUGGAGGAGAUAACAGCAAAACAGCUGUACAGAGUGUAAAUGUCAGAAUUAAAAUAAAUUUUUAUUAUAUGUUAUAUAGAUUUUAUUAAUUCUUCAUUUUAACAGUUUUUAAUAAUUUUGUAUAGUUUGAGUAAAGAUUUUUUUAGAUCAUAUACAAAAAAAUAAUUUAAAAAAAUGUCUCACUACUCCGAUGCAGAAGACUCGAUAGAUGAUUUAGCUUUAGGAGUUCGUAAACGUCAACCAGUAUGGGAUUCCGAUAAUGAAAGUAUUGCUUCCGAAAUUAAAGAUUUGCUUGAUGAUGUAGCUGACUUGGGUGAAGAGGAGGAUGGGGGCGGCUGUCCGUUACCCUCGACUCCAGAAGAUGAAAAUAUGUUGGAUUCGGAGAUGGCCGAGGUGUUAAAAGCUGGUGUCCUCAGUGAUGAAAUCGAUUUAGGGGCAUUAGCACAUACUGCUGCUGAGCAGGCCGAAGAAUUUGUUCGAAAAGUGUGGGAAGCAAGCUGGAAAGUUUGCCAUUUUAGAAAUUUACCAAGAUGGCUUCAAGAUAACGAUUAUCUACAUAUGGGACAUAGACCUCCAUUACCAAGUUUUUCUGCUUGUUUUAAAUCAAUAUUUCGUCUUCAUACAGAAACUGGAAAUAUUUGGACACAUUUAUUAGGAUGCGUAGCAUUCAUUGGAGUCGCUACAUAUUUCUUAACUCGACCAUCCGGAGAAAUUCAAUUACAAGAGAAACUUAUAUUUAGUUCGUUCUUCAUUGGGGCAAUUGUUUGUUUAGGAUUUUCUUUCGCGUUUCAUACAUUAAGUUGCCAUUCUGAAUUUGUUGGAAAAUUGUUUUCAAAGUUAGAUUACUGUGGAAUAGCUUUGCUUAUUAUGGGCUCAUUUGUUCCAUGGUUAUACUACGGUUUCUAUUGCGACUACCAACCAAAAAUUAUCUAUUUAUCAGUUGUUAUUGUGUUAGGGAUAAGUAGUAUUGUUGUAUCAUUAUGGGAUCGUUUUUCAGAGCCCGCAUUUAGACCUUUACGAGCAGGUGUUUUUAUGUUCUUUGGCUUAAGCGGGGUAAUACCAGCUAUUCAUUAUGGAAUUGUUGAAGGGUGGUUGAAUGCAAUUAGUCAAGCAAGUUUAGGGUGGUUAAUUUUAAUGGGUUGUUUAUACAUUUUGGGUGCUUUGUUCUAUGCGUUGCGAGUUCCAGAACGUUUUUUCCCUGGAAAAUGUGAUAUAUGGUUUCAAAGUCAUCAAAUAUUCCAUAUUUUGGUAAUAGCAGCAGCUUUUGUACAUUAUCAUGGUAUUACGGAAAUGGCAAUGUAUCGAGUAACUGUUGGCGAGUGUACUGCAACAUCCCCAAGUAUUUCGUUUUAACCUUCAUAACUACAAUAAAAUAGUUCAAUUUUGAAAAUUU